CUUCCCAGGGAACCUGCACCUGGUGAUGGUUCUGCGGCCCACGGGGUUUUUCCAGCGCACCUUCACCGACAUCGGCUUUCGCUUCAGCCAGGAGGAUUUCCUGCUCAAGUUACCGGUGGUGAUGCUGAGCUCGGUCAGUGACCUGCUGACGUACAUCGAGGAGCAGCAGCUGACCCCCGAGCUCGGGGGCACGCUGGAGUACUGCCACAGCGAGUGGGUCAUCUUCAGGACGGCCAUCGAGAGCUUUGCCCUGACCGUGAAGGAGAUUGCCCAGAUGCUGCAGUGCUUCGGCACGGAGCUGGCGGAGGCCGAGCUGCCCGAGGACAUGCACUCCAUCGAGCGCCUGCUGGCCCUGCGCACCGAGAGGUACUGCCAGCUCAAGGAAGAUAUCACAGCAGUCACAAAAGAGGGAAACUUGCUUUUGAGCAGUUUUGAAGAGCCAGAGCCAGGGGAAUGCAGCCAGGAGCAGCAGCCAGAGAGGCCUGGGGACUGGGAGACGGUGAAUCGGUUGCUGGGUCAGCUGCGAGAGAUGGAGACUGCUUUUGAUGGCUUCUGGGAAAAGCACCAGUUAAAAAUGGAGCAAUAUUUGCAACUCUGGAAGUUUGAGCAAAGUUUUCAAGAGGUCAAGAAUGCCAUUGAAUUUUUAAUGGGUCAGCAGGCAGAGCUGCCAGACACUGGGGACAGCAUCCCCCAGGUGAAACAGAGGCUCAAGGACUUGGAGCACUUCGAUGGCAUGGCUCAGGAGCUGAUGGGCAAGGCUCAGGUGGUGAUCCUGCACGGGCACCAGCUGGCAGCCAACCACCACUACGCCCUGAACCUGAUCUGCCAGCAGUGCAACGAGCUGCGGCACCACUGCGACCUGCUGGCUGAGCACGGCAAGAGGAAGCAGAUGCGCCUGCAGAAGACCUUGGAGCUCCACAGCCGCCUUCAGCAGGCUCUGCAGUGCUGUGAUGAAGGUGCCUACCUGCUCGCCAACCAGCAGAUGGACAAGUGCCAGUCUAAAGAAGGCGCUCAGAAAGCACUCCAGGACAUAGAAAGAUUUCUUGAAAGCUCUUCGUCCUACUUAAACCACGAUCCCCAAGCCCUACACUGCGAUUUUGAGUCGAUCUUAACGCCCGAGCUGAAGUGCCACAUCCAGUCGGUGCAGGUGAAGCUGGAGAACGUGCGGGGCAUGUUUGAGAGCAGGCAGUCGUGCUUCAGGAGGCUGCUGGACAAGCACGUGCGGCCCGUGCAGCUCGUGGCUCCUCGGCCAGAGAACCCCCCCCGAGCCAAGUCACCCUUGUUCUCUCCUAAGCACGGUGUAGAUUUUAAUUCCAGUUUGAAAUUUUCGUUUGAUCUCUCUCUCCCUGGGAAGAAAACUUCAAGAAAAACACCAAGUUCUCGCAAGAUCGAGGUCAUGCACGACUACCAGGAGAAGAGGAAUUCCUUGCAGUACUUCAUUUCAGACAGUGAGGACAGCCUGGACGUGCUGAAAGGCCAUGUCAUAAAUGAGCUUAUAGAAACAGAGAGAGUGUAUGUGGAGGAGCUCUUCACUGUCCUGACGGGCUACAGAGCUGAGAUGGAUAACCCUGCCAUGCUGAUCCUGCUGCCCCCCGUGCUGAGGAACAGGAAGGACGUUCUCUUUGGGAACAUGCCCGAGAUCUACGACUUCCACAACAAAAUCUUCCUGCACAGUCUGGAGAGCUGCCUGGGAGCACCCGAGCGAGUGGGCUGCUGUUUCCUGGACAGGCGGGAGGAUUUCCAGAUGUAUGAGAAGUACUGCCAGAACAAGCCCCGCUCUGAGUCCCUCUGGAGGCAGUGCUCCGAGAGCUCCUUCUUCCAGGAAUGCCAAAGGAAGUUGGAGCACAAACUGGGGCUGGAUUCCUAUCUGCUCAAACCAGUGCAGCGCCUGACAAAGUACCAGUUACUUCUGAAGGAGCUGCUAAAGUACAGCACGAGCUGUGAUGGAGUUCAGGAACUUCAGGAAGCUCUGGUUGCAAUGUUGGAUUUGCUGAAGUCAGUCAACGACUCCAUGCAUCAGAUUUCAAUCACAGGAUAUGAUGGUGACCUGAGCGAACUGGGGAAAGUAUUGAUGCAGGGAUCUUUCAGUGUUUGGGCAGGACACCGAAAAGGGCCCACAAAAAUGAAGGAUCUGGCCAGGUUCAAGCCCAUGCAGAGGCACCUGUUUCUGUAUGAGAAAGCCUUGGUCUUCUGCAAGAAGAGAGAGGAGCACGGAGAUGGAUAUGACAAAACCUCAUCUUACAGCUUUAAGCACUUUCUGAAAAUGAACGCAGUGGGGAUAACCGAGAAUGUGAAGGGAGACCAUCGGAAAUUUGAGAUCUGGUACAGCGGGAGAGAGGAGGUCUACGUGGUGCAGGCCCAAACAGUAGAUCUGAAGAUGGCGUGGUUGAAUGAAAUAAGAAAAAUUUUGUUCAAGCAGCAAGAGCUUAUAAAAGCAGGGGAGAAGCAGCAGCCUGGCUCGUGCUCGGAGCAGCUCCCGCUCUCCUCCCAGCUGGGGGACAGGAAGCAGCAGAGAGCCUCCAUCAGCUCGGAAGAGAACGACUCGGAGCGCACCAGCCCGGUGCUGCUGGACAGCGGGCCGGUGUCCCCCCAGAGCAAACCCCACAGAAGCUGGCCGGGAAUGUCGCAGUCCCUGGAGAUCUGCGAGGGGCUGGAGGAGUGGGCAGGGCAGCAGUGCCUCUCCAACUGCUCGGACACCGAGGAGGAGGAUGGCAGCCAGCUGUCUCCAGGAAAAUACAAAGCCCUUGCAGACUGCAAGAGGAGGGGAUCAGAGGAUCUGCUGGUGAAAAACGGGGAUGAAAUCCAGCUCUUGCAUGAAGAUGGUGAGGGACAGUGGUUGGUGAAAAACCUAAACAGAAGAAAAGAAGGCUGGAUUCCUGUGCACAGUCUGCAGAUUGUAGUCGGUGACUGCAGGUUUCGGAAUGCCAAAGUUGCAGAUGCUGCCCUGUGUAACACGAGAAAGUUCAGUUCCCCUUGAGUUAAGGGUGAACUAGUAGCAUCCUAUUUUCGAUGCUCUGGAAGCUUUCAACUAAGUGUUACAGAGAAUUAGCACAGUAGUUGGAGUUGUCCUGUACUAUUCAUCACAUUCACAGACCUCCACAGCCUCAUCUGCACUGAGUGGGACCGGGGUCCUAAGCAGCUUCUCAUGCCCAUAAAGGAAGCCAUUCUCUGCUCUUUGUUUUUUUUCUCCUGUGGAAAUUAUGGUAUUUUAUUCAUUUUUCCUGCUGUUUUUCCAUGACAUACAUCAUGUUUCAUCAGAGAAGUACACUACAGUUUCCUGACACUUCGUUUAGAUGCUUGAAAUUUCCUCUACAGGUUGAAGUAGGUUUUGCCUACUUAUUAGCUGACAACUGUUGAAGUUGCAAACAAGAGUUGAGUUUUGGUAAACCAAAAAGAAAAAAAAAAACCAAACCAAGAAGCUGUAUGUCCUGCUUAAUUGAUUUUAUGGGUGGAUUUUUCUUAACUAUCUGCUUCAGCUGUGUGAAUGUAAUGUUCUGUAAGAGCAUCAUCUGGCUGACUCCCACGUGAGGAAGCAAUAACACUAAAGAUCCUCUUUUUGCACUUAGGGUCUGACUCCAGCCCAUUGCAGUCAGCCUCCCUGAUUUCAGUGAGGUCUGGAUCAGGUCAAACUGACACCUCAGGGUUGUCACCAAUCACUUAGGGUCCCAAAGCAUCCCAGGGCUGAAACCUGUAUCUAGCAAGUGUUGAAGUUUACAUUCAUGUAUGUACUUUUGGAACACGUGCCAUAAAUCCAAGCUAAAUGUCCAUGUUUGCACUAAGGAUGUUCUUGUGAUAAGACUUUUUCAGCAUCUUUAACAGUAACGUACCUAUUGAAUUUUUGAGAAGGGAAAAAGAAUGUUGAAGACUCAUAGUUGAAUUUUGUGUUUCUUUGUCUAGUUUUGCUUUUGUAGAACAUAGGUAGGUGCAGGUGGUUUGAACUUUUAAGCAGAUGUGUGCAAAGAGCUCCUGAGUGCGUGGAGAGCAGGGUUAGUGGUGUGCAUGCAGUAGUGAGUUUGCUCUGGCCCAGCCAAAUGAAAUGUUUAUACCAGGGACUAAACAUCUAUGACCUGACCUUUAUUAGUGAGCCAGCCCUCAGACACAGCCCCGAGGUCAGGUAGAACAUGCUGGGGCUGUUCUGUGCCCGUUUUUGUGUGGAGCAGCUGCUGGCUGGGGCUGCCAGGGCUGUUUCUGCAGGACUGGGCUGAGCCCUGUGCACCCCCAGAGCCAGGACCAGCAGCUCCAAGGCCCAGCUCACCCCAGUGUCCCUCUCUGGAGUCAGUGCAGAGCUGUCAAACCACUGGGGGCUCUUUUCCUCUCCUUUCAAAUCCAUCACAAUGCACUAAUGAGUGGGAAAGUCUUCAGUUGGGGCUCUUUAUAGUGCUAACAAUUCUUGUGGUAACAAUACACUUUUUGAGGUACAACUGUAAAUACUUGUCUGAAACAUAGCACACAUUGCAUAUUGAAUGAUUUUAAUCUUUUUUGUCUUCCAUAGUUUUAAAUCUAAGCUUUUAUUAAUUUAUGAGGGUGAUGAGUUCUGCAGAUCUGAAUGUACAGUCUGAGGUUUUUAACAUUUGAAACUUUGCACACAUGGUAUGUUCCCCUGAGUAUGCUGUUGAACUAGGCUCUCCAUGUAUAUGUAUAAAUUACAGUAGAGAAUUUUCUCUGACUGCAAGUUUAAAUGAACCAUAUUGUAUAUGUACCUGUAAAAAAUGUGUUAAAUCUAUAUUUAAAGAUUAAAAACUUGUUAAAUAAA